UCAUCGUCGUUGCGAUUUUACAAUGGUUCCAACAGAGAAAUUAAUAGAAUUAGUUAAAAAAUAUCCAAUACUUUAUGAUUUGUCACACGAGGACUAUAAAAAUAUUAGAAAGAAGGAUAAAAUAUGGGAUGAAAUUGGUCAAGAGAUGAAAGAAUGCCGUGAGGAACUAAAGAGAAGGUGGAGAAGUUUACGUGAUUCUUAUGUGCGAUACUUAAGAGUAAUCAAAACAAGAACUGAGCAAGGUGCACAAAAUAAAACAUGGCAAUGGGCUGAAAGUAUGAAAAUGUUCCAACCUAUCUUGCUUUUUGCUAAAACCUCUUCAAAUGUGCCGGAAGUUGCGACUAAUGUAGAGUCUGCAACUGAGAAAGAUGAUGGUGUAGAUGUUUCGCGUAAUGAAGAGAGUGAAAUUGGUGAUAGAUCUGAGGUACCCUGA